AAUUAAUGAUCAUACUUCAACCGAUCGAUGAUGUAAAAUCAGAGCUAAGUUAUCUACAAAUUUCACGUUUUAAAAAGCUAUAAAUUGCGAUGUGUUUGUAUACAUACAUGCUUAUGUCACCUGUGAAUGGACAAGUAGUGCAACAUGUUCUCUGCGAAGUACGAAACGAACAUAAACUGAACUAACUAAUACAUGAUUUUUUAAAACUAGUUCACAAGAGAUGUUGCUCUACUCUGGGAUUAGCUAAGGAUUCGGUUCGGGAUCGGUAAUUAAAAGAAUAGCUGAGAUUGGGAUUGUAUAUUGAUCAGCGGCAAUCACGAAGUGACUAAAGGAUUCGCAAGUGGGAUAUUACAAAUGAGGCAGUUUAUUUCAGUUAGAAGCGCCGCAAAACAUAAAGAUCUGAAACCAGUUUCUAUUGGUUAACCCAAUAUUCGUUUCCCCAUGCACCCAAUGAUGUCCUGCCACGUGGAACAUUCCAAACCGACAACACUUGGGGAAGGAUGGAAUACUUUAGGAGACCUCUUAGAUGAAGAAAUACAUUUUUGCAUUAUGCCGAUUUUAAUUGUGACAUAUGUUUUUGUAUAGUUUUAUACAGAAACCAUGUAUUUGAAAGUUAACAAGUAUCCCAGAACCACGUAGCAUGGAAAAUAUGUUCAAAAUCCACAAAAAUUAUAAUGAAUGAAUCAUUUAUUUAAAUUUUCAUUCGCAGUUUAAUUUCUUUAUGUAAUGUAUGGACCGGUCUACUGUGAAUAAAUAACAAAAGCUUUCUUAGUAAUAUUUAAACCUAUCUAUCAAACUUGAAGAUAACGAUGGUGAGAAUCAGAAUCUGUGUAAGAGAAAACAAAAAGAGAUCAAGAAAAAGAUGGGACCAAUUGGGUAUUUUCUUUAUAAUUUUAUAUUGUUAUUUCAUUCCAAAGGUGACAUCCUCUCCCUUUGAUUAUUUAGUUUUCAGCCAUUUUAUAAGAAAAUCUGUCUUUCUCCUCUUUAUUUAUAAACCUACACCGUUCAAGCCCUCAUAACACAAAACAUUUGUUUUCUCUCUCUUUCUUCUUUCUCUUGAGUCUUUCGUAUUAUUUCUCUCCACCUCUCUAGUAUCUCUUACUCAGUUAUACCUUUCCUAUAUACGUAUAAUACGAUCGGUCUUUUGUUCCCUAACAAGACCGUUCGUUAAGUCUUGUCGCACACUACAUAAACCGAUAUUGAAUCCAGGUUUCAAUAUCGUCGAAGAGUUUAUACAUGGCUCCGGUCUCGUUGCCUCCUGGUUUUAGGUUCCAUCCAACGGACGAGGAACUAAUCACAUACUAUCUCAAAAGAAAGAUCAACGGUCGAGAGAUAGAGCUGGAAAUUAUCCCUGAAGUAGACCUCUACAAGUGCGAACCAUGGGACUUGCCAGGGAAGUCGUUGCUUCCGAGCAAAGACCAAGAAUGGUACUUCUUCAGUCCACGGGACAGAAAGUACCCCAAUGGUUCAAGAACAAACCGAGCAACAAAAGGCGGUUACUGGAAAGCCACCGGCAAAGACCGGCGGGUGAGUCUGAGAGAUCGAGCCAUAGGAACCAAGAAAACCCUAGUUUAUUAUCGUGGACGCGCCCCACACGGUAUUAGAACUGGUUGGGUCAUGCAUGAAUAUCGCCUCGAUGAAACCGAAUGCGAACCUACUGCGUUCGGCAUGCAGGAUGCAUAUGCACUUUGCCGCGUUUUCAAGAAGAUAAUAAUCGAAGGGAAACCAAGAGAUCAACAUCAGCAGCAUCAUCAGCCUUACGCCCACACGAGUUCGAAUAUAAGUCGUAGCUCAAGUUUUGACGUUGGUUCGGAUCUUGAAAUAAGUUCAAAUACACAUCAAGUUCUACCUUACAAUAACGUUACGGAGACCCAACCGAUAUUUGGAAACGCAUUCGGUGAUCAUGAUGACCGGUCGCAAUACUUGUCACAAAACAUGACUCCAAGCUUUUCAAAUUACGAAUCUCCUUAUGGACCAUACCUCAAUCAAUCUAAGGUGUAUACAGAAACUGAACGUGGAAUGUUGCAGCAUCAAAUGUCAUUGCCACCGUUGCAAGUAGAAAACACGCCGGUUCAGACCAGCAUUUUCUCCAAUGGAAUGAAUCAAAACAGCGGUCAAUGUGGUUUCGAUGACUUUGCUUUCGUUGCAAGUAACCGCAACCAGCUAUAUAACAGCAACGUUGAUGAUCAUUUAAUACACAUUGGAAAUCUCGAAGAACAAUUGCACAGUGCUGGACACUCGACAUGGAUGAACAUGUCUAACGGGUCUUUAAAUCAGAGUUUCGCAGAAGACGUAGAGGUUUUGCCAAGCUUUGAGGAGAAUGAUCAAGAUAUUGAAUAUUUUGGCAGAUCUGGGACCAGUACACUCAACAACAUAGAGAUUGAUGAGUUUUUCUCGUUUGAGGACCGAGUAGAAGACACUGACAAGUCAAACAUAACUCUAAACUCUUCAGGAUCCGGAAUGAUCGAAGAAGAGACUAGAGUAGACCAUAAAAUGCUCAUUUGCACACGUCAAACAACUCAAGUUUUAUAUCAUCGAGUCGUACCGUCGCAGAUUUUGAAAGUUCACAUUAAUCUUGUCGGAGGAAAUGAAGAGAGAAGAUUGUUUACGGAAGAAGAAGGCAAGGAUUCCUGGUUCCAGAAGGCUGAAAAUGUUGCCAAGAUGAAAUUGAAUCAGAUUGGUUUAGCUGCAAAACAUUAUUACAAGUGUCUUACAAUUAUUUUCUGAUUUUAUUAAUUUUGUUUAUCCAAUACUAUCUAAAAAGAAGAGACUGUACUAUAUAUUGAAAUGUUGAUUGAUUUUCAUUGUCAUAAGUAAAAUAUUAUUGGGGGAGAGAAAAACUAUCAUGCCUAAUCCAUUAUGUUGUUUGUGGAAUUCUCAUAAUCUAGCUGUAUAUGUAUACUUUGUUUUCCAAGAACUUAUAAAAAGUAAAAACAUAAAAAGAAAGCAACUAAAAAACAGAAAAAGGAAGGUCUGAAAAAAAAAACAUUUAAAAGUAUUUGCCUCUCUGUCCGUAAAACUUUACAAAGUAUGAGGACCAAAGAGAAAUUUACUUAAAGUACGAGUCACGUAAAUAACACGCGCGUUAGGGUUUUACGGCAUCAGCCACAUCUCAUUGGCAGUAUAAAUAACCUUUGACUAAAACCUCAAGCUCUCACAAAAACCAGCCGUCGACUUCUCAUACCCUUGAACCUUGCUUAGAUCUGCUUCUCUGAUCUCUAGUUUUUUAGUGUUUCUUGCUCGCGUCACUUUAACUGAUUACCACCGUUCUUGUUCAUGUUCGUUGUGUAUGAGUUGACGCAAUAGUAGGUUCCUAUUUCUUCUAUUUGUUUUGAUAUUAAAUGUAAAUACCUCUGUGUAUUAUCAAUCAUCACGAGUUCGCAGUCUAGGGAAAAUCUUGUCUGAAACUUAUUUUAUCUAGUAGACAGCCUAAGAUCUGGAAUGUCUUGUCUGAAAGUAGAUUUUUGUUGUUGUUAGGUUUGUUGAUGAAAGAUUAAAAGGGAGAAUAUGGAGGUGAUGACAAUUUCCCCAGAUGAUCGAAUCUGAUUAUACUGAGCGAAUAGAAUUUUCCUCUCAUCAGAGGAAAGUCAAGCCAAUUAGUCUGAUCCUUCUCCUUUUUAUUUUUUAUUUGAAUUACAUUAGAUUUAUUGAUUUGUUUGUUAGUAUUCUUAAGUUGGUUUCCUUAGAUCUUAAUAUACAAUUUUAAACAUGGAGAAUUGGAGGUGAUGACAAUUUCCCCAGAUGAUCGAAUCUGAUUAUACUGAGCGAUUUAUAUUUCCUCCCAUCAGAGGAAGUCAAGCCUAUUUUCUGAUCCUUCUCCUUUUUUUUACAUACAGUUGAUUUAUUUGUUUUUGUUUGAUAAACUUUUAUUUAUUAUUUACUAAUGGAGAUAUGGAGGUGAUGACAAUUUCCCCAAAUGAUCGAAUCUGAUUAUACUAAGCGAUUAUUAUUUGCUCUCAUCAGAGGAAAUCAAGCCAAUGUUCUGAUCCAUUCUCCUUAAUUUUUUUAUAGUUUUGUUUUUUACUAAUAUGUGAUAUUUAUCGUCGUAGGCUUGUUGGAGCUUAUGUUGAGCUGAAAAAUUUCUAGGAUGUGCUAGAUAAAUCAAAAACAUAUGGUAUUGGUCCGCUAUUGUUAAAGGAGAUAUGGAGGUGAUGACAAUUUCCCCAAAUGAUCGAAUCUGAUUAUGCUAAGCGAUUAUUAUUUGCUCUCAUCAGAGGAAAUCAAGCCAAUGUUCUGAUCCAUUCUCCUUACUUUUUAAUAAAAAAAAUGUGAUUUAUAAACCAAUGUAGUCUGUCUGUUUUUUUAGUCCUGUAAGUUUUUUUGUUUCUGUUCUGGAUGUUGGUAGUAUUUACAUAUUGAUUCGACUGGUUUAGAUCUCGAUGAGGUUGUUUCUUGAGGAAGCUGGGUGACCGUAAUUUUUGUAACCUGAAUCGAAUUAACUAGUUUUGAGCAUAAGAAAAUA